AGUCUCGGAUCAUAACUGUCUGCUCGUGUUCAAGCCUUGGAUCCAGACACAGAACAUCUGGCCAGCACAUCUCAGAGAGCCUUGAGGACAGAGGAAACAUUGAAAGGUUCCACAGUGUUUCACUUCAGCAUGAACUCAGCUCAUGUUCUGCUAGCUCUGUCCCUGCUGAUGCUUUUGUCCAGAGUCAACGCUCAGUAUGGCUACCCGUAUGAUACGGGUGAAGAGUGGGUGAAUACCUGGCGCCAGGGCUUUAACUUCCAGUGUCCCCAUGGCGAGGUGUUGGUGGCCAUCAGAAGUUACUUCAGUGCGGAUGAAGGCUCUGACCGCCGGUGGACCUUUGAGUGCCAGAGGACUCCCCAUGGCUGGGGUGAACCCAGUGAGUGCUGGUGGGAUGAUAUCAACAGAGCGGGGAUGGAAUGGUCCUCCGUUUGCACUAGCAAUGGGCUGGUUGCUGGCGUGCAAAGUCAGUAUUUUGAUGCGGUUUUGGACCGGGAAUGGCAGUUCUACUGCUGUCGAUAUGGCCGCAGAUGCCCAUAUACCUGCUGGAAGACGCAUGAUGUCCCAGAGUACCACACGGAAGAAGGGGAGAUGGUAAUCCCCAGUUAUGGCUACUUUAUCAGAGGGGCUCAAACCACCUUCAGUGGUGUAAUGAGGGAUCGGCAGUGGAAGUACAUCUUGUGCCGAAUGACCGAAUUUGAUUGUGAAUUUGAAAAUUUCUAGUUUGCAUUUUUAAUAAAUAUCCUUGUUGACAUGUGAACACAAAUAUGCUCACAAAUCGCCCCAAGAACACUUUAUUUAGCUUACUAACCUGUGUGAAGUAAAAAUAGUCUUUACUUUAAGAAUCUUUUUCUUCUUAAUGUAACCCUAAAACUAACGUUUGCUGGUACGAUCUCAUGUAAUCUGAUUACUUUAUUUUAUAACUUUCAUGGUACCUGAUAAAACAAAAAUGUGGUAAAAAUAUAGUAUACCCUGACAAUUACCUUUACUGUAAAAAACCCGUAAUUUUACAGAAUUUUACAGUUCUAACAAAUUUUGCUAGUUUUUUUUAAACAUGGUAAAACAAUUCAAAUUACAGAAAAAGACUGCAAAUUAACCAAAAUAACGUGAAAAACGUGUAAUUUCACUUUUUUUCUGGUGCCCUAGCUGCCAGAAAAUGUUUGUUUUUUAUGGGACUUUUCUACAGUGUUGUUUUGGCUUUACAACAAUUUCUGUCUGCAUGGAUCUGUACUAAUUUUUGCUCCAAUUUCUAUAAUAAUUAUGUCUGUGUAUCAUUUUUAGAUAUUUUAUUUUUUAGAUAUUUUAUUUUAAUAAAAUAAUAAAAAAACUGCAUGAUGGUGACAGCAUUUUGCACAAUUAUUAAUAUGAUUCCAACAAAUCAUCCAAUUCAUUUUGGAAUGGUUCUUGUUUGAGACCCAUUUCAAAAAACGCUCAGAUGGAGCCAUAGGAAAUUCUGAAUCAUCUGGAUAAAAUGGUAGAACUAAUAAAUCCCUUCUCUCGUGGUUUUCAAGAGUGUUUUUUCUGAGUUGC